AUGGUGGCUUCAUCAGACAACUCCACAGUGAGUGGCACAUUAGAAGAUUUACUUGACCUCGAGCAGAAUGGCCACAACAACAGGGCUCAGUGGGUGCUUAAUACUCCACACCCACCAUGCAUUCUGCGUCAGGUCUUGGACAACAUCAAGGACACCCUCUUACCUCAUCCUACUAGAAACAUUUUCUUCUCUCUCAGGAAUCAACCUUCACCCAAACUAGUCUUCGUGUUGUUACAAGACUUGUUUCCCAUCCUUGGUUCAUUCCAAAACUACAAUGUACAAAAGUUCAAGAGCGAUUUCAUGGCGGGUCUUACUCUUGCAAGCUUAGCCAUUCCCCAGAGUAUGGCAAAUGCGACUUUGGCGCGGCUAAGUCCUGAAUAUGGCCUAUAUACAGGGAUUGUCCCACCUCUUAUUUAUGCGUUGCUGGCGAGAUCAAGGGAAAUAGUGAUAGGGCCCGUAGCGGUGGAUUCACUGCUUCUUUCCUCAAUGAUUCAGACAUUGAAAGAUCCCAUUCAUGAUUCUAUUGCUUACACUCAGCUUAUUCUCACCGCAACUUUCUUUGCGGGUAUCUUUCAAGUUGCUUUCGGUCUCUUUAGGCUUGGGUUUCUGGUGGAUUAUUUUUCCCAUGCCACGAUCGUGGGCUUCGUAGCAGCAACUGCCGUGAGCAUUGGACUACAACAAUUACAAGGGUUAUUUGGUAUCAUCAAGUCCACCAAUAAAACUGAUUUAAUUUCCGUGGUCAAAGUUAUUUGGAGAUUCUUCAAAGACCAUUCAGGGUGGCAUCCUUACAAUUUUAUUCUUGGAUUCUCAUUUCUCUGUUUCAUCCUAUUUACUAGGUUCCUGGGGAGAAGGAACAAGAAACUCUUCAGGUUGUCAUCCAUUGCUCCUCUCAUUUCAGUUAUUGUAUCAUCAGUGAUUGCAUAUGGAGCAAAUGUUCAUCAUCAAGUGAAGGACUACAGAGUUGAAGUUGUAGGACCAAUCAAAGGAGGUAGCUUGAAUCCAAGCUCAUUCUACCAGUUACAAUUUGAUGCCAAACUUUUGGGUCCUUUGAUCAAAAUUGGGUUGACAGUUGCUGUUAUUUCACUCACGGAAGCUAUUGCUGUUGGUCGAUCAUUUGCAUCCUUAAGAGGUUACAAUCUUGAUCCCAACAGAGAAGUUGUAUGUCUUGGCCUAAUGAACAUUGUUGGAUCCUUCACUUCUUGCUAUGUUGCUACAGGUUCUAUGCCACGCACUGCUCUAAAUUAUAAUGCAGGGUCUGAAACAAUGGUAUCGAGCGUAGUGAUGGCACUAACGGUCCUUGUGUCACUUAAGUUUUUCACAGGGCUCUUAUAUUUCACUCCAAAAGCGAUCCUAGCAGCAAUAAUUCUUUCGACUGUACCAGGACUCAUUGACCUUAACAAAGCAUAUGACAUUUGGAAAGUUGAUAAAAUUGAUUUCCUU